UUGAGGAAUGAUCACAGCUCUAAGAGUAGCGUAUAAUUCGAAAUAAGUUGACAAUGUCGAGUAAAUAAUAAAGAUAGCUUUACGUGAAUCUUUCAAAUGUUUACAACAUCAGCGGGUGGCUCCUGGAUCAGUGCUAUAUUCGAUGAGAUAGCGUUAGAAGGCUUGGAUGGCGUCACCUUACCAUGGCUUUGGAUCCUGCUGGAGAGGCGCUUACAAUGCGGAUCGCCGCUUCCUGAGAAGCUACAGCAACAGGUGUGGACGCUGCUGUUGCGUUCGCCGGACAAAGUUGAGUUCUUUGAGCUGCAGGCGGAACGUCCUCUAUUGCCGUUUUAUGAUCGCAGCAAAGACCUGGACUCGGAUGUGGGUCUGCCCCUGGUGCCAAAGACAUGUCCCUUUCUGCGUUUGCCGUAUACUCCAAUUCAGGAAGGUCACAUCAUGGGUAACUGCGCCGAUUUCAAGACACGAAAAGCCAUUCAUGUAAACAGAUUACACAAAAUGACGGCAGUAGAAGCCAUUGCACACUGGAAUCAAAGAAUGGUCAUAGUGGCCAGCCAGGAGCAGCGUUUGACGGCACUUAAGCCUCCCAAUGUCUUAGUACCAUUUUCUUUGACCCUUCAGCAAUACAUUUUCUUGGAGUGCGUUGGACGUUCACGAUUUAAUGGCGAACAAACAGCGGGUACUUGGUCUCUAAUCAACUAUUUCAAGGACUCCAGCCUUAUAUUCUACACAAAGAACAAAUUAAUGAUGCAGGGCAUGGUCAGUGCCCAAUCCUAUAUAGAGCGUUUAAACAACAGAAGCGUUUGCUCGGUGCUGGUGAUGCUGCCACGCUUCUUUCAUCUAUACAAAAGUCAUCCGCAGCGAGUGAUGGAGAAGUUGUAUAUGGAAAUUCAGUUGCGUCCGAGUCAUCAAAUUCCUGUCUCCGAAAUACCAGAUCAUCUGGAGGAACUUACUCCCUCGCAGAUAAAGAAGCUGACGCAGUCCCAUGGAUUUCGCAAAUUCUAUGAGACAACACAAGUACGUCUACCCGUCGAAGAACCUGGUAAAGAUUCAACAAAAAUGCGCACUGUGACUGUGCUACGCUUGCGCAAUCCUCAACUGAAGUUCGAUGAACUUACUCAAUUAGACGCGGUCAACGAGGGCAAAGAGGAAAAGACAUCUCCCGAGUUCCUUACCCAAAACCAUGCCUAUUUGGAUAUGCCCCUGGAACUUGAAUGCCUGCGUGCCAUUACGCGCUUCGGAUCGCGUGGAAUGAGCACAGUCGAAUUGGCCCAGUACGUGGCCGUCAAUACAAUUACCGCGCGAGGUUGCCUUAAGUAUUUGAGGCGUGAAAAUCUGGUCAAUGAAUUUACCGAAAAUGUGGGCAAGACUCGGAUUAUACGUUAUGUGGCCGGUAUACAGGCCGCUGCUGAUGUGAAUCUCAAGCAGGAGCUACUAGAGAAGACGGUGCAGGAGCUGCAGUGCCAGGAGAAGCCCACUAUGCCGAAAAAUAUGGACAUUGUGAUGAGUGACCUGCCCGAAAUAACUGCCACUAUUCAAGAGAUGACAUUCAAACAGAAGGACAAAAAAACGGACAAAGAAACGCAACGAUUGGUGGAACGGAAAAAGUUGGUUGUACAGCAAAUUGAUCAGAAAUGCGUUAUGCAUUCCUACGAACUGCAGAAGGGCAUAAGUCAGGUGGAGCACGAUGUUGGCAACCAGGAGACCAUUUGCCGCAAGUCGUUGUACCGCAUACUGCAGAGGAUGCAAUCGGCGGGCAUAGUGAAUGUGUAUGAGGUGACGCUGCAAUAUAAUCAACGAUUGCGUCUCUAUCGACUCGUCACGCAUCCAAAGAUCGACGUGGAGCACGAGCAGUUGAAACGCGAGGUGUUGCGUCUCAAGAGUAAUUUCCAUAUAAAUGAUGAGGAACGAUUGACGCGUACCAGCCAGGUGAACAACAUGAAGAAGCGCAAGGAGCUCUUGGCGGCUAAAAAACAACAACAGAUUGGCAAAUCCAAGCCAAUGGUGCCUAAGCUGCUGUUGGCCUGCAUCCUGCACGAGUUUUUCUUCUACGUGGUGUGCGAGCAGGAGCGAGACCAAAAGCCGCUGCCAAUGUGUCCGGAGCUACUGCAGCAUUGGCAAUGUGCGGAGCCAUCACUGAUGACGCGACAGUAUCUGGAUGAAUGGCAGACCGACGAGUCUCAUAUUUUGCCGUAUACGGGUGAGAUUAGCUGGCGCACAUUUAUACCACCGUUGCCGGUCUACGAAAAUAAACCCGGUGGAUGGUUCUACUUUAUGGAUGCAAUGGAACGCAUGCCCCUUUCCUUAAUGAUGCGCAUUUUUCGCAUUGAACGCGACUUUGUGGAACAGCUGCGUUCACAUCUGCAGCAUCCAGUGCGUCAGCAUUACCUACUGCGUCAGCUUAAAAAGCACAAUCUGAUACCACGCUUGCGGCAGCAACAACUCUUCCUGGCUACAUUGCGUCUGCUGAACAACAUGGGUCUGAUUCAGGUCAGCGAGAGCCAGUUGGGACGCGACGAAUUGCAGCGUUGGGUGUACCUCAAUCGGCGCAGCUGCCUGCUGGACACAACCACUAGCAGUGGCCACAACUACAAUCGCAUCAGCGACGAGCGCACCUAUGAGGAGCUCCAAUUUGAAUUCAACACUCGCGAACAGGUCUCUGAUUAUUGGGCCAAACUGCAGCACUUGUGCAUCUAUACAAAACUCGGAUUCCUCAAGCACAGAGAACGUAGGGCUGGCCCCAAAAAUAAAAUGCGUCUUCCUCUGUUAACCUUUGUGCGGACUGUCGAUUUUGAGGAAGCUUUGGAACUAGACGAUGCCAGUGUGCCGGGUGAUCGUAAGGGUGCCGCUGGACUGAGCUCUCUUCUAUUUGCCCAUCAGUUUCGUCAUUGGUCCUGGGUAAAGCGAACGGCAACUGCCGCCAGCAAAGUGUCAGCUUUGUCCAUCUCUGGAAAGGCGUCGGCUACGUUGCCCGUUCGCAAACACAUCAGCCUGAAGCGACUGAAACCGAUUCCCAAGAUGCACCUGCGAAAGGCACUCGGCACCAGUUCCAUGGCGGAAGCACGAAGACGCAAGAACGGACCCAGAGAUGACGUUGAUCGCGAUGCUCUGCGGAACAUGCGCACACUGCGCGUCACCUGGACAGCGGCCGAGGAUCGACUAUUAAAAAUGGGACGCGCUGUCUAUUUGUUCAUUGAUGCACCAUUGCUUACACUGCCGCUUUGCAAUGUGGGCAGCAUUUCGGAUGUGAUACGCCAGUAUUUGGGUAUCUGUAAUAAAACGACACAGGCUUGUGUCCGUCGGCUGCAGUUUCUCCUACGGAAGAAACGUGACCAGCCCGAUGUGCCCAAUUGGAUUUAUACGAUGCAAACGCAACCAGAGAUUAAUACCAUUUACAAUGAACGAUUCCUGGCCGAGCUAAAGCGGGAAUACCCUUUGCGCAGCGAACAGAGCGAAGCGCUUCUAAUUCACUUUGUUAUCCUAUUGGGAAAGCUUCAUCGUAUGAUCAACAGUGCUGACACCAUACGCCGUCAGUUUAUCUUGCCCGAUACUAUGGAGGAUUAUCAGCGGCAGUUUAGGGAGUGCAUACCACUAAAUUCCGAUGUGGAGCAGGAUCUCUAUCCAAAUCCGAGCUGUGAAACCGAACUCCAGGUGAUCGUUGCCCUUGGUGUGUUGCAUAGUAUUCUAUGUUGUGCCAAGGACAAGACACUUUUCAAUCUCCAAGCCUUUGAGAUCUACAAGCACUUCUCCGAGGAUGUACUCAAUGCGGCCUUCAAUAAGGCGCGUGCGAAUUCGCUCGUGGUAGCUGUCAAGCGUCGGAACAUUCAACCAGUCAGUCGACAGGUUUCGGGGCCGGCACAUACCCUCAGCUCCAAGUACAAGUGUCGUCUGAUCUUCCAGAAGCUUGGAUAUAUCCUCUACGAUACGUACCAUUCCUUUGAGCAGCGUGUCCAUCAACAGAAUGCGAUUGACUCCCUUCAACUGGCUUCUCCCAACUUUGCCCAAUUGCUGCUCUUAGGCGAGUGGAUGGCAAAGAACCGAAUAAAUCUGAACCUGCAGUUGCCCAGCAAUAUACUCACCGUGGACACGUCGAGCAUGUCGCGACCGUGUGGCUCCUCCACAGAUCGCAUACUCGAUCAUUACAGUAGCAUCUUUGACAAUGCCCCGCAAACAGAGUACGCCAAGCGGCUUGAGAGCGAGUGCAGUGCUCGUCAGGCGGCUCGGGUUCGCUUCCGUCCGGCGAAUCUCACCUACCGGCUGCAGUGCAGCGUCUACAAUGAAUUGUCUAAGCUGCCGCUGCGCGCUAUGCAUUUCUUUUGUGCUUUGGACGCACUUGGUCAGUCGGUGAACAUUAGCUGUGCACGCCUGGAGCAGGGUGAAUGCCCAUUUGGCUGCAUUAUGCGCAGCGGCAACUAUUUGAAUGCCGUGGAGCGCAUUACUUACGAGCAUCGUGCCUUCCUAAAGCUACUGGUUGCCGAUGCUUUACCACAAACACAGCUGCAACUUCAGCUGGAAAACUCAACGGCGGGAAGCACAACGCUCACUAUGUCGACAUCCAAUCUGCUAACAGUGAUCCAACAACUGGAGGCUUACUGGCGUCAGCAACAGCACCAGGAGGAGUGCAAGGAUCUGGGUAAAGCAUUAGCCGAACGAACACUCCAUAAUCUCACUGACUGGCGUACUUUGUGCACUGGACUGCUCGACUUUGAGGCAGGCAAACAGGACGAGGAGCAUACGCAGGAUUACGAGCCAUCGCUUAACAAGGAGGAGCGUGCCAGAGCCCAGGAUGUCCUUGUUGUACAUCUGCCUACAAUUCACUUGAAGAUUAAAUCCGAGCAGUCGAAGGAAGAGCUGCAGACUAAGUACGCCCAACUACGCAAGGCAGGGCUGGAUAAAGUGACCAACUAUUCCUACUGGCGUUAUACGGAGAACACGUUUGAAACGCUGUUGCCGACUCUGAAAGCGAAGGAUUAUGAUGCCAGUGCCAUUCAGCAUAUGGAAGAGAUUCUGGGAUACGUUGAGCAACGGCCGCUGGGAGUGAUGGGUACGGAACUGCGACGAAUUUUUCCGUUUGGCAAGUUCCUGUUGGAUGCGCUGCAUGAACUGGAGGCGCACGAUCUCAUGAAGCGCGUGGGCGUGGCCAGUCACAUGUAUGUACAUAAGAAGCACAUGCGUCACUGGGUGGUGCACACUUUUCACAUCAAGCGAUUGGAGAGAGAGCGAGUCCAAGAGCUGGUUGCUGCCUCGCCGGCAACGCCUCAAGGAGUGCUCGGCAGAAAGCGGAAGGCGGCACUGGACAAAUCGGAGCAGCCUUGCACCAGUAAACAGGCAAAACUGGAAUUGGAGCAGCCAAGGGGCAGUGAGGACUCCGAUAGCAAUGACUCAAUAGUCUUUCGUCGCUCUAGGCGUGUUGAGAUUAAUGCAAACAAACCGAAAGCUCAGGGUGCCAAGCCAACCCUUGCCAGCGUAGAGGAAGUGAUUGUAAUGCGACCUCAGCCCUGGAUACGUGUAAAUGGCUCCCUUAAUCGGCGCGUCCUCGAUCGCUGGCUGGGCGUCGUACUGAGUGAGUGCAUCGCACGAGCAGGCUGUACGGUGCACAGUCUGUUCCUGCGCUUUCCCCAUCUGCAGCCAGUGGACUUAAUGCUGCUGCUGGAGCUGUUGGGCGAUCUGGAUUGCAUACAUCUUAUGGAAAUGGAGGUACCGGCAGUGCAUGUGGAGAACACAUACGAUAUGGAAUUGAAGGAGCAACUUGUCACAGAGCUGUACGAUCCCAUCUACACCUAUGUUAAGGUCCACUGUGAUGCCAUUAGCGGUCUGACCAACUUUAUAGGUACUAAACAGUAUAGCUCCGAGUUUAUCUAAGCGCGAAUUCCAUCAGAUUUUCAACUCUUCCCUAAUUUUUAAUAAUAAAUUAUUAUUUUUUGAAAUAAGAGAUGUGUUUGAAAACUUAACUGUAUUACCAAGAUUAUAAUGCUCGAUUUACAUUAGUUGACUACCAUGUCAAUGAUUUACCCAUAAUCGUUCCUUGGCAUUAGCUGGUGCGAAUAUACUUAUGUUAGUAACUAAGUGUUUACUUUUUUGAUCAGUAUAAAGUCAAUAUCUGUCUUUUUGAAGAUACAAACAGAUCUAGGAGUUCAUAAGAGUUAGAAACACCUAAUUUGGUAUUUAAACUCUUCAAAUGUUCAGACAAAUCAAGAGUAUUUAAAACCUCAUGAAACUUUUGUAAACUCUUCUAACUUAGUGUUCAAGAAUCAUUUAUAAAAGGAAGAAGCAAAA